AUGGAGACUAAGCUUCUGCUUUCUGCUCACAAACCCUUGUUCGUCUCUUGCAACUCUCCGUUCAAUGAAAAACCUCACCUUUCCGUCAAAUCCCAUUUACCCAUGUCCACAAUUCGAGCUGCGAGGUCUCAGUUUUUGGGGGAAGGAUUGAUUUUGGGGAACAAGUACGGGUUUUGGAGCGCUUCUAAGAAGCCCCGUGUCGUUGUCGAGCCGGUGAGAGCUGCUGUGAAGAGAAGGAAAGAGCUUACUUUCGAUAACGUUGUUCAAAGAGAUAAGAAGUUGAAACUGGUGUUGAACAUUAGGAAGAUUCUCGUGAGCCAGCCCGAUAGGACGAUGUCUCUUAGGGGUUUAGGUAAGUACAGGAGAGAUCUAGGGUUGAAGAAACGUCGUCGGUUUAUAGCUCUGCUUAGGAAAUACCCAGGUGUGUUUGAGAUAGUUGAAGAAGGAGCUUACUCACUGAGGUUCAAGAUGACAGCAGAGGCUGAAAGGCUUUACCUUGAGGAGAUGAAGAUUAAGAAUGAGUUUGAAGAUGUGUUAGUUGUUAAGUUAAGGAAAUUGGUGAUGAUGUCGAUCGAUAAGCGGAUACUACUGGAGAAGAUCUCUCAUUUGAGGACUGAUUUAGGGCUUCCUUUGGAGUUCCGGGACACGAUUUGUCAGCGUUAUCCGCAGUACUUCCGUGUAGUUCCUACUCAGAGAGGUCCAGCUUUAGAGCUGACUCAUUGGGAUCCUGAGCUUGCAGUGUCAGCUGCUGAGUUAUCUGAGGAAGAUAUUCAGUCUAGAGAUUAUGAAGAGAGGAAUUUGAUUAUUGAUAGACCGCCAAAGUUCAAUAGAGUUAAGCUUCCGAGAGGUCUCAAUCUAUCAAAGAGUGAGACGAGGAAGAUAAGUCAGUUCCGUGACAUGGUUUAUGUGUCUCCUUACAAGGACUUCGCUCACUUGAGGUCAGGAACACUGGAGAAGGAGAAGCAUGCUUGUGGGGUUAUUCAUGAGCUUCUGAGCUUGACGACUGAGAAGAGAACGUUGGUGGAUCACUUGACUCAUUUCCGUGAGGAGUUCAGGUUCUCGCAGCAGCUAAGAGGAAUGCUUAUAAGACAUCCUGAUCUGUUCUACGUGUCGUUGAAAGGGGAAAGAGAUUCGGUUUUCUUGAGAGAAGCUUACAGGAACUCUGAGCUGAUUGAUAAAGAUCCUUUGACUCUGGUGAAGGAGAAGAUGCGGGCGCUUGUUUCUGUACAGAGGUUCCCAAGGAGGGGAGGACCAAAGAGAGACGAAGAAGGAAGCGAGGGAGAGGGUGAGGAGGAAGAAGAAGGAGAAGAGAGUGAUGAUGAAGAAUGGUCUGAUGUUGAUGGUUACUUGGAAGGUGGAGGUGGUGACAAUGAUGGUGAUUGGAGUGAUGAAGAAGAUGUGCCUCCUAACUUUGAUGAUGAUGAAGACGAAGAAGGUGUGAAGAUUGGGCUGAGUCCUUCAAGUAGUCCUAGAAAGAAGGAAGAGAAAGUGCUUACUCCUGUGUUCCCUGAUGGUACUCCAAGAGAAAAGUGGUAG